AGCGGGGUGCACAACCUCAGCAUUUGAACGGGUGGCACCUGCUCGAACAUCAAGCUCGGGCACUCAGUUCGACUUGGUCUGAGGAGAUGAUUGUUUCUCUCCGCCAGCUCCUUCUACGCCCCUCCAAGUUCUGCUGCAAUGCGCUGCGCAGUUCUCACCACAACUUCUGAGAUGCAUCGCCCAUGAUGAAAUAAAUACCAUACACGCCCCUACCGAGCAAACCCAAUCCCCAGUCCACGCUCUCAACCACCGCACUCACGAGUCACACCCACCGUCACCAAAUCGGACUCUUAACAAGGCCUUCCCCACGAUGCCUUCGGAGGCAGUGCCCUCGGUGUCGGGCAUCAUCACUGACGACGACGGCCAACGCCACAUCCCCGAGUCAACCAGGGCCGACGGCAGCACGCGCAAGGCCAUCAAGAUACGCCCGGGAUACAGGCCCCCCGAGGACGUCGAGCUGUACAAGAACCGCACCGCCGAGGCCUUCCGCAACCGCGGCAAGAGCGCCGGCAUCCCCGGCGCCGAGGGCCUGAAGGAGAGCGCCCCCGCCGGCGGGGCCUCGUCCGCCGCCAGCAACAAGAACGCCAAGAGGCGCGAGGCUCGCAAGAAGGCCAAGGCCGCCGAGGACGGACCCACACCGCCCGCCGGCGCCGCUGGCAAGGAUGGGGCGGCCGCGGCCGCGGCAGAAGCCCCCGAUGCCGCGCAGCCGCAGGAGGCGAACCCCGAGGCUGAGAAGGAGAAGAAGGUUAGGAACCUGAGGAAGAAACUCAAGCAGGCUAGGGAGCUCGAGCAGAAGAAGGAGGACGGAGGCUCGCUCCUCCCUGAGCAGAUCGCCAAGGUGAUCAAGAUCAACGAGCUUGUCAGGGAGCUUCAGGCCCUCGGCAUCGACACGGCCAGCGAGAGCAAGGAGACGAAGGACACAAAGGACUCGGGCCCAACCAAUGAGAAGUGAGCCGUUCACAGGCCGCUCACGUUUUUUGUCAGACAUGCUAUCUCUCGCCCUUCGGAUCCUCCAGCUCACCCAGCGGUGGUCACGUUUCUGGAGCGGAGCGCCGAGUCCCUCCGACUCCAACCGACCACGUGAUCGCUCACCUCGCCUGCAGCCAGACCGUCUCUUCUGUCGGGCGAGCGCUGUCAAAGACGUAUUAGUGCACCUGCGGGAAGGUUGGGUGACAUUGAAGUGUCACUUGGACCAUGCAGGUCUGGCUGCAGGCCCCGGAUGCCCGAGGGUGGCAGCCGACAAGGCGGCAAUGCACCAUGUUUUUUCCACCUACGGAAACGCCGGGCCCAACCGCUGACCCGCACUGGGCUUUCACUGGGACCGUCGCUGGGGGCACUGGGGGCACAUGCAAUAUCUAUAGAGAAUGCCGCACGCAGCUGGGUCUCAUAUUAAGCACGACAUUGGGUCUGGUAUAACGAGGGAUAUCAAAUGAAGAUAAAGGAAGCAAGCCAAAAAAAAAGAAAAAAAAAAGAGAAAGAAACAAAGGGAAACAUGGAAAGGAGUGUGAACAGGCAGCGGGCAGAAGACCCCAAGCCUCGUCAGUCUCGCAAAAAGAUUGGUGUUGUCACCCCCCCGUCUGCCCAGCUAGUGCUGUGGUCGAGCAACUGCCGUGAGUGCUGAAUCACCUGGCCGCUCCCAACACCUUUCGCCCGCCGAACCACCCACCCUCACGCUAGAGAGAACGUGUCUGUUAUUUACUGUGCCACAUGCGGGCAUAUUUCACUCUGCAACUCCCCGACACCACACGCCAUGCAUACCCUCCCAAAGCCCCCCAGGAAACCCCGGUAGACCGGACCAAAAAAAGAAAAGCCAAAUCAUAACGUCAUGGGAAGCCAAAACCCAGCAUCAACCCGACCGACCGACCCCCGAAGAGGCGAGUUGCCCCACCCACACAACAAGACAACUUCGGGCGAUUCUAGCCGAAGCAGGCCAGCGCCUCCAGCGGCCUGUCCCGCCCGCUGUCGAUGUGCUGCUGCUGCUGCUGCUGCUCGGGGGUCUCCUGCUGCCUCGCGGCAAAGGUCUCGCCGAGGAACUGCACAAAGACGUCGAUGUCGCGGGCGGUGCUCAUGGGCCCCAGGCUCGCGCGCACGACGCCCGUAGGCAGCUGGUUCACCAUACUGAGGCCGUGGGGCCCGCAGUGGUGGCCGGCCGACAUGGCCCGCUCGAGCUCCCAGGGCUCGUAGUCGAGGGCCGUGAAGAGGCCGCCGGGGCAGCAGAUGCCUGUGGGUUCGGGAGGUCACAAAAGGACGUGUAUGUGUUAGCAGCCCAUUUUUUUUUGGAGGGGGCGUGGAGGGGCUACUAGUUAUAGUAGCAGAUAUCGGGACUUACCUCCGGAGCGGAUAUAUAUGCCCUUGCUGUUGGCCACCUCCUCGACCUCGGAGUAGGGCACGUAGGUGCCGUCCGGGUUCACGACGUUGAAGGCCAUGGUGGCCCCUUGCCUGUCGGCGUCGCCAAAGGCCGGGCGCGUGCCCUCCUCGUCGCCGUAGAUGUGGCACACGGGCGCGCCGUCGUGGUGCCUCAACCCGGCGACGCCGCGGAACAGGCGCGCGGCCAGGCGGCUCGUGUGGCGCGACACGUUGUCCAUGGACCCGUACAGGCGCUCGUGCACGCCCAUGGCCUCGCCCAGCGCCAGGAUGCUGUGGAACGGCAGCGUGCCGUCCUCGAGCCCGUCGUGGAUGCUGUACUCGGCGGCGGCUCCAGGCGGCUGGGCCGCCGCCGCGGCCGAUGCCUCGUGGCCUUUGGACAUGUGCCACGCCUUGCCGACGGCGCCCACCAUGGUGACGGUGCCGCCGCCAAAGUACUUGCGCAGUGUCAGGAUGUGGCCCGAGUCGCGCCGCACCACGAGCCCGCCCAGGUCCGGGAAGCCAAAGAUCUUGUAGAAGGACAGGGCCGUGAAGUCGGGCGCGGCGUCCGGGUCGGCAAACACGCCUGCCAUGGGCUUGGUCAUGGCCAGCGCCGCCGCGUCGAGGAGGCUGUACGUGUUUGCGUGCAGGCCGCGCCCGCCACUCCCGCCGCCGGGCCCCCCAUGACGCAGCCGGCCGGCCCACGAGAGCGGCAGCCGGCGACCCGACAUGUUGGACUGGCCCGGGUAGGCGAACAGGCCGAGGCCCCCCGCGGCGCGGCGGCGGCCGCGGAUGCUGUUCUCCAUGGCGCCGCGGCCCAUGUCGUCGCCGGCGAGCCAGGCCUCGACCUCCAUGUCGGACCCGAAGCAGCGGGCGUGGCCGGCGCUGUUGCCGCUCGCCACGCCGGCGCCGCCGGCCAGCUCGCGGACGCCGACGAGGCUGGUGUGCGAGUCCUUGUGGUAGCCGUACCAGAAGGAGCCGCUCCAGGUGCGCUCGGCCAGGUCGCGGAAGGCGUCGGCCACGAGCUUGAUGGCGGCCGUGGCGUUGGCCACGAAGACGAGGUCGAAGUGCGCCGGGUCCGCGCCCAGGAACCGGAGCGCCCGGUCCCGGAUCUCGUCCACCAUGUCGCCCGACGCCUUGGCCGGCUCGUUGGCCGAGUGCGGGUUGCCGUACAGGUUCUUGGUCAUCUUGUCGGCGAAGGCCUCGACCGUCGAGCGCGCGUAGAUGGUGGUGCCGCUGUGGUCGAGGUAGAUGCCUGGUGAGGGCUCAUUGUUAGAGAGUUGGGCUUACGCACAGUGUGUUUUCUUGUGAUAGACGACCAAGUGCUGUGUGUAUUGGGUGUAUUGUUGUAGGUGGUUAUAACAGGGAGUGGGGGGUGGGUGAGGUGAAUAAGAGGAACAAAAGUGGACAAGAGUCAAAGCACAUCUCACACUCACCCUGGUUCAUAUGCGGAUACUCCCUGUCCCUCAGCAUCUCGACGGCCUCACCAUAAGGACCCUCGUUGUAUGCCUCGAGACCAGCCGGGGGAGGCGGCAUGAGCUGCGUCGCCGCCGGCUGGCUGUAGGUUGAUGCCCAGCGGCGAAGCGAGUCUCGGGCCGCACUCUGACACGCAGCAGCAUGCUGUCGGGACGAGACGAGGAGGAGCGGCCUGUUAGGGUGGUUGUUGUUGGUGAUGUGUGACCUGGGUCGUCUGACGGCAUGAUCCGCCCACAGGCAUGCCCGUGGCCGCAGGGCCCGGACGGGGCCAUCCAGUCGCAGCAGAGCCAUGCUGACUCUGGGUCUCGACGGGUAGCUUUGCCG